UUUGUAUGAAAAAAUGUUAUUGUGAACGUUGUUGGCAAAUAUUUUAAGUAGAAAAAACGAAGUUAACAGUACGACUGAACCGAUUGAGCUGGAAAGAACAUUACUUGUAUAUUAUAUGGACAGCGCUCGAAAAUAAUUAUUAUAAUUUUAUAAACUAUAUAUCCAUGUGUUUUUUCUGAUUUCUUAUCGAUUUUAGUAAUCCUAUCGCAUUCCGAUAGUAGAACGGAAGUGUUUAUAUUUAAAAAGAUAUUGUUUGGAUUUUAGCCUGAUGAGAUGUGUUUAUAUAGGGCUUAUAAACGUUUCUGCGAACUGUUCUUUGACUCUGACAUAGAAGAGGAAUCACAAGAGGAAAUAAAAGUGCAAAUAAGCGGAGAUAUAAAGGCAGCAGUAGAUAAGCUGUUUUGCAGAGCUACUUUAGCGCAAAUUACUGCGGACUACGAUGAAGUACUUGCCAUUACAAAGGAACUAAUUAAAAUUGAUCCAGACCGUUGCUGUAUACAAUUGGAGUGGCUGAAAAUUAUAAUGAAACAGUCGCUAGAUAAAACUCUUGCAGCAAGACAAAAAAUACACAAAACUGAACAAACAGCCAUUAAGCAUUGGAAGUUGAAUGAGGCGGCAUUGGCAAAGGAAUAUCGCGUAGUUAUUGAAAAUGAAAUAUACUGUGAUUGUAAUAAAGUUCUGAACCUGCUUAAAGACGAUGUUCUACCACAAGCAAAAUCACCUGAGAUAAAAAUUAUGUAUUAUCUACUGCGGGCUGAGUUCUGUAUAUAUCUAUACAAACUUGAGACUAGCGCAUUUGGACGUAAAGAUUCUCGGGUUCAAGUCUUGAAGUUAUUUAGAAAAGCAGGUAAUUUAGCUAUUAGUAAGCUUAAUAGUUGGGAUCGUUUAAGAUUAGAGUGCACUCUUUGCUAUUGUUCUUUUUUGUAUGACGACCUUAAAUAUCACGAGGUCGCUAUUUUUCAUGGACAAAAAGCACUUGAAGAAGCAAUGACUGCUAUAAAUGCUAUGGAUAUUGAGGCUAACCGUUUUCGCGAAAGUUACCUCCAUCUGCAAUUGCUAAAAUCGAAAGUUCUACGCUGGCGUGAAGAACAACGCAUGGAGACGGUAGAGUUCGGAAUACCAUUGAUUGAAAUCAGAGGUCAUUCAUCUGAGCAAUUGGCAGAUAAUAACUUUAUUGGUAAAAAAGUAUAUGUGCUAGAUGCAUCGGCGGAACAACUAGUAAAUAUAGAUUAUAAAACAAAAAAUCUCUCAGCUUCGGUAGAUCAACUGAUACAAAAGUUUUUAACUGAAAGCAGUAGCGAUUGUGUAAAUAAUCAAAUAAGUUUAUCAGAGCAAUUGGUGGAAAGAAUACGAUCCACAUAUAGCGUAUACACAAAAUCCUUAUCGUCAGAAAACUCUUCUAUGGAAAUUUUUACAACAACUACUGGAAACCUUUAUCCACCAGCAACAUGCUCAUCCGCCUUUUUAAGAGAAGAAAUGUUGUCAAUGGAUGAAGAAACUAUUUUUGGCGCUACCAAACCACAGUUUCUGGAUGAAUGUAAAGUAAAUUAUAUGAGGCCAACUAGCAGUUCAAAAUAUAUGAAUGCACAUUCACCAUCUAGUUCUUCUAACGAAUUUAUGGAUAAUAUUGACAAAAAUGAUAAUGCCGCCUUUUCGAGGGUCACAUGCCAUUCGUUGAAUUUAGAUAGAGCCAAGGCAGUUAAAAGUUUCACGAGCGAAGUACUUGUGCAUAACCAACAUUCAUCUAUAUCUUAUACUACAUUAAAAAAUGUUAACCCAAUAGCAGAUAUAGAUAAUGAAUUUCAAGUCAGUUCAACUCAAUUCGUAGAAAGUAACUCUACACCUAAUGAUUCACUAAAUAAAUUAAUAAAAUCCAACUCAAUAUCCGAGGACUCACACAUCUUAUCAACCGAACCACUAUCAAAGCCGUUUGUCGAUUCUAAUGAAUUAACAG